AUGGACCCAGUAAAGAGGCGACUUGUAUACGUAGCGGAUGAAAGCGAAGUACUUUUGAAAGAGCUCUCUGGGACUCCACCGACGCGACAGUCGCGCAUGACGCGGCUUCUCGUGCCGCUCUCGCCACCAACGCCUUCACAGAAAUCCACCCACUCGGUGUCCCCGCUUCCGCGCCCAAUCGACACAAUCGCUAAAGUAGCGCCGCUCGCGAUGGCUGACACAGCGUUGCUCGUCUCGUACGACGGAUUUCUGCUCACUGACGGCAAUGGACGUUUCACAACGCCCCGCGACGCGGCACAAGCCGAAAAAAUUCGCGACGCUCUCAAGUCAUGUCGUGCGUUCCUCAAAGAGUUCUUGGAUGCGGCGCAAGCCGAGAGAGCGUCGACAGAGUCCUACAGCUCCGCUGCCUCUAGCUCCACGUACAUGGAAGAAGAAGACUCCGACUUAGAAGAUAGUAGCAGCAACGAGUCGCCCCCGCCACGCCCGCGCGCCGCAACGGCCGUGAAAGCACGGCCUCCACAUGCUCAGCCGGUCACUCCAUCACAGAUGACAGUGGCAGAGCUGAAGGCGUUCCUGCGUGAUCGUGGACUUUUGACUACCGGUAACAAGGAGAGCCUCGUAAAGCGCGUGCAGAAGGCGCAGCGCGCGCGUAAUUCGGUGCGCGGUGCAGCGACCGUCCCUGCAUGUGGUGCUGCAAGCAGAAGAAGCUUGCAAGGCUCCCACUCCGGUCCCAAUACGCUGAGCUCUGACGUAUUAAUGUCGCCUCCACCAGUGGGCCAGAGGCCGCCGCAGCUACCCUCGCCAAACUCCUACACGAAUGACGAGAAGAAUAGUGGCCUUUGGGAUGUGCUGGUGCACGCUGGCUCACGUCUUUUUCGGGGAGGGGCGCGUACGUCUUGGGGAUUUCAUUCACGUCAACCGGAGGACGCUGACGACGCGCCGCUUUCGAAGCGUUGCCGACUGGGCACAGAGUAG